GUUUGCGCUGAACCAUCUGUCGUAAAUCGUUAGAAAAGUCGUAAUUGCGGAAGUGCCUGAAGUUUGAAGUUGUUCAUUAACGUUUCUUUUCGGGUUUUAUGGUAAUUCACUUUUUUUAAAACACCUUCAGGUUUAAACGCAUUGUAACAGUGAUUAGACGUAAACAGAAGACACAAUAAACGGAUCAUGGCGGAUAAAGGGAAUCCUCCUGCUGCUCCUCUGGCUCGGACAUUGCUGCAGCAGUGUCUGCAGGCCACACUGCAGGUGAAACCGGCCGACGACGAAUCAGAGGCCGAGUAUGUUCAGAUCGAAAGAGGAAUGGUGAUUUACAUCUGUUUCUUCAGAGGAGCCACAGAUGAUAUUCUGCCUAAGAUGGUGUCCACUCUGCUGAAUAUCAGGCUGUGUGAGUCCAGUUCCGGGAAGAUGGUGUCGGUGUUGGACCUUCCCGGCAGCAUUCUCAUUGUCCCUCAGGCAACGCUGGGUGGAAAGGCCAAAAGUCGAGGCAUGCAGUACCACAACAACAUUGGAAAAGAGGACGGUCUACGGCUGUACAGCACCUUCGUUUCCCUGUGUGAGGAGAUCGCUGCAGUGAACGGGGACAAAGUCAUGGUGAAACACGGGACAUACGGAAACAGACAGGUGCUGAAGCUGGACACCAACGGACCGUACACACAUCUGAUGGACUUCUGAGCUGCUCCGAGCAGAGAAGAGAAACGGCAAGUACUUUUUUGUGAUUUGAUGUUGGCCAGUGUCUGAUUAAAAGGUGGCCGUGCUGUUGGCGUCCCCUGCUGACGCUGGUCUUCAGUUCAGAACAAGCAUUUUCUGACCACAGAUUUUACUGUCAGUAACUAUCAUUAACCCUUGUGUGGUGUUCGGCUCUGUGGGACCCAUUUUCACUUCUUAAUAAAAGAAAAAUGAUAUAAUGAU